AGAACAAACUUCUGUUGUUUCAAAUUUUAUUGUGAUAUUGCAAAGUGGAACUUGAACCAGUAUACAAUUUUCUAAGCCUUGUUCCAGAAACAAUUGUUGAAACAGACGAACUAAAGGCCACGUCAUAAACUGCUACAUCCUUCCUUUCUGGGCAAUUAUUUUAUGUGAAAUUUCCCCCCUCUACUUUCGAACCUUACAGAAAUUUAUAUGGAUCAGUUUACGCCCCCUAUUGUUGAUGAUCCAUUUGUUGGAGAAAAGUAUAAAUAGCAGAACUGUCGUCCAAUUUUUCACCAGCUGAUUUCUAUUUCGUUUUUUCUUAGGAUUAAUCCCAAUCUUAUUAAUAUUACUACUACACAAUGUUUGAUUUCUUAAAGGACAACCACGAACAAGUUUACGGUGAAAAGCACGAAGGUAAAUUCUCUCACGAAUUAGUUGCUGGUGCUGCUUCCUUCGAAGCUGUCAAGCUUUUUGAAGAUAAGCAAAGAAAGGAAGGUAAGCCAGUUAGCCACGCUUUCGCUAAGGAAUUAUUAGCUGGUAUUGCUGGUGGUGAAGUUGACAAGUUAUUUGAAACCAAGGGUUUAGAUUACUUGGACAGAGAUCAAGCCAAGAGCCAAGCUGUUGACAAUGCUCAAAGAGCUUAUGACAGCCACUACGGUAACCAAGAACAAUGGCACCCAGAUUCUCAACCACCAUUUGACUACCAAUCUGAUCAAUACAGAUACUAAGUGUGCAGGUUAGGAAUAUAAUAUAUAAUAAAAUAUAGCU